AUGAUUGAUAAACUUUUCAAUCCUAUGCUCGUUGUGCUUACCUUGUGCAUUCAAACCGCACUGUUCUGUUCAUGCCAAAAUUCAAGCUUCAGUUGCAUCGAACGAGAAAGACAAACUCUUUUGAAGCUAAAGCAAAGUUUUCAAGAUCCGUUCUGUCGCCUAUCAUCUUGGAAAGGCAACAACUGUUGCAUAUGGAAAGGAGUAAGCUGCGAUGAAACCAAUGGCCAUAUUGUCAAGCUUAAUCUCAGAGCACCGUCACGGUUAAUUAGCGACGACAGUAUUUUCGGGUUAAAUAUAAUUACUAAGAACAGUUUCUUAGUUCCUCCUGAGGUAAAUUCUUGUUUGCCUGGGUUGAGAUAUUUGGAACACCUGGACUUGAGUGGAAAUGAUUUUCGAUAUAGAGCUAUUCCGCAAUUUUUCGGUUUGAUGAAACAACUGAGAUACCGUAAUAUCUCCAAUGCUCGAUUCAAUGGAACUGUUCCUAAUAAUCUCGGAAAUCUUACCAGUUUACGUGUUCUUGAUCUUAGUAGCGAAGAUCAAGGACCGUUGUGGGCCUUGAGGGCUGACGACGUGCAAUGGAUUUCUAACCUUACAUCUUUGCAGCAUCUCGGUAUGGCAGGUAUAUACCUUGGUGAGGCAAGAAGCUUGUUUCAGGUAUUAAACAUGCUUCCUUCUUUGUUAUCAUUACAUUUGUCUCAAUGUGGGCCUGAUAAUUCACAUUUGCCUUGGCAUCCUAUUAAUUUUACAUUUCAUAGCAUUCGGCAUCUAGAUCUUGGACAGAACAAUUUUGCCGGUCCAGUACCUUUUAUGCUUCAAAACAUGACUUCUCUGAGAAUCCUUGAUCUUUGUGGUAACCUUCUUAAUUCUUCAGUCCAGAACAGCUUUGGCAAUUUUAAGAACCUUGUGCAUCUCAAUCUUGCGGCUAAUGAUUUUAGUAGCAUUGAACAGGGGUUGUUAUCGAUCAUGGGAAAUAUGUGCAGCUUAAAAUCAUUAGAUUUGUCAUAUAACCAAUUCCAGGGUGAGAAAAUUGGAAAUCAUCGAAAUUUAUCUGGAUGA